UCAGCAAGGAACAGGGCGCCAUUGUGCAAGGCAGGCGCUGCACGGAUUCUAGCGCAAUCAGAAUCCGCCUAACACAGCGCUGCUGCCACACACCGACAGUUUAAUAACGAAUACAAUACGUGGUGCGGAAAUGUCCCUUCACCAUCCAGUCACUUGGCAGACACGGAUGGCAGUGUGGUGGUGGCGAUGCUACAGCAGUGUAGUCCCAGCAGCCGCCGCGUCCUCCUCUCUGCACGGACAGUGUGAGCAUGAGCGCAGUGCUGUGUCUGCAAGCCUCUGUCACAUCACAUACACACAACCUCGCGUUUGCGCACUAUCGUCAGCCCAGGAGACCCCGACAGCGUCUCUCCCUCGGUGAAACUCCAUGGUGAUAAGCGCAGAGAUGGGCGAGGAAGAACCGCCUCCAUCUUCCCCAGAUAGAGCCAGAGCAGCAGCACCGGGCUGCCUAGAGACCAUGUACUGAGUAACCCACCCAUUCCCAGAGGGAGCCCUGUGUCCUGUUACACCCACUGCAGUGUGACCGACAGAGACCUGUGUCACACAUUGCAGCCAGAGUGAGCCCGACCUAUCCCCCGCUCCCGGCUGCCGUUUGUAUAUCUGAGGCAUAGUAAGAAUCCUCUCUUGCUGAUCACGCAGCAUGUACUGUGUGAACGUGUCCGAUAACAGCGCGUAUAUAUACGUCCUGUAACAUAUCUAUGAUCAGAACGAUGUGCUGCAGUACAGGACAACAUGGCGGCUCCUUGCUGCAUAGCUCUGCACGCUCUCUACACGGUGUGAUGAUGUACACAUAUUAUCUACAAAAUGCCUGCAACCUUCUCCCAUUCCUACUCAGGCUGCAAGGACUUGUCUCUCAGGAGGCUGCGGAUAACCCUUCAGCAGUACAAGCUUGCUUAACCAUUAAAUACGUCGCCAUAGAUGCCUAGCACCACCUUCCAAUAAAAGAUGUGGAGACUCACUCAUUGAGGCUGCUGAGCGGGGUGGUGCAGCCGCAGCUUUCCUACGUCACAGGAUUCUGCCCAUAAGCAGAAUGGCGGAUUUUGUGUUACUGAAACCGCCAUUUUACUUGUGGGCAAAGGUUUCAUCCGCUAGAUCCUCACACCCGCAGUAGUCUCAGUCACAGUGUUGAGCCCCUGGCAACUGGGUUCGGCAUCCCCGUAUAAGCAUCCGACGCCAUUUUCCAGAGAGAGGCAGUGACAUAGAGCCAGCGUAGGCUGAGGCACGGGAGGAGCGGGGUUUGUACACAUUGGGGUUGCAGACACCACAAGCGCUGCAAACAGCCUUUAUAUCACCGACUGCUGUCGCUCGCUUCCCCGGUCAGGUCAGUGCCGGUGUGUCAUGCUGUUGUAGUGUCAGCCCUGCAGAUCUGCUUAACGGUCCCGGGCUGUCCCUGACGUCGCUGCUCCUGUCACCCCGCCGCUGUCCGCUGCCUGUGACCGGCUGCAGCUGUAUGCACUAUUCCCCCGCAGCCUGUCACGUAGUCUCCUUUUAGGGCUGUGUGCCUGAGUCCCGCUGUAACCGUGUCCUGUUUCCUGGCGUUUGCACAUUGUAGGGUUUGUGGAUGCACUUAGAUGUUUGCAAUGAGCACUGUGGCUGGCAUGCCCCAGUGUUUUGGAUACCGAUGCAGAGGACUCCAUAGUAAUCGAAUUUAUCAGAAGCGAACGUCAUGAGCAUAGUGGUCCCUUUACGGGUUGAGACAGCAGAAACUCCAUAUUUAGAAAUGGCAGCAGGCUCUGAACCAGAAUCCGUAGAAGCAAGCCCUGUUGUAGUUGAAAAGUCAAACAGUUACCCACACCUGUUGUAUACCAGCAGUUCUCAUCACUCACACAGUUAUAUUGGCUUGCCUUAUGCGGAUCACAACUAUGGCGCUCGCCCCCCACCAACACCACCGGCAUCUCCGCCUCCUGUUCUUAUUAAGAAUGAAGUGAACAUAUUUACCACUCCUCAUUUUGAUGAGACUUCUAGUGCUACAACCAUCAGCACUUCAGAAGAUGGAAGCUAUGGAACAGAUGUCACUCGCUGUAUCUGCGGCUUUACCCAUGAUGAUGGGUACAUGAUUUGUUGUGACAAAUGCAGCGUAUGGCAACAUAUAGAUUGCAUGGGUAUCGACAGACAAAAUAUUCCAGACAUCUAUUUAUGUGAGCGCUGUCAGCCUCGGGUUCUGGACAGAGAGCGAGCAGUAUUGCUUCAACAAAGAAAAAGAGAACAUUUGUCAGAUGAUCUUCAAACCUGCUACAAUGGUAGAGGCAACAACGGAAGCCUUGUAUCUGAUGGUGAUACCAGUGCAACUGAGAGUUGUGAUGAAGUUCCCAUGGAGCUGUAUACUGCUUUCCAGCACACUCCUACAACGCUUACUCUCACUGCCACCAGAGUAACAAAGGUGAAUGACAAGAAGAGGAAGAAAAGUGGAGAAAAGGAACAAAAUACAGCAAAAUCUAAAAAGGCCUUCAGAGAAGGAUCUAGAAAAUCUUCCAGAGUAAAGGGUACUGCUCCAGAAAUUGAUCCUUCUGACAAUACAACAUAUGGAUGGGAGAAUAAGAUCAAAGCUUGGAUGGACCACUAUGAGGAAGCAAGUAACAACCAGUACAGCGAAGGAGUUCAAAGAGAGGCACAAAAGAUAGCAUUAAGGCUUGGUUAUGAUGGUGACAAAAAUGAGCAGAUUGGAAAGUCCAGUUUCAGUUCCAGCAAUCCCAUGUUUAAGCCACCAGUAGAGAGCCAUCUGCAGAAGAAUAAAAAAAUAUUAAAAGCUGCAAGAGAUCUUCUCCCCGAAACUUUAAUUAUUGAAUAUAGAGGAAAAUUCAUGCUACGUGAACAGUUUGAGGCUAAUGGAUAUUUCUUUAAGAGGCCGUAUCCUUUUAUUUUAUUUUAUUCGAAAUUGCAUGGAUUAGAAAUGUGUGUCGAUGCAAGGACAUUUGGUAAUGAAGCGAGAUUCAUCAGAAGAUCUUGCACUCCAAAUGCUGAGGUACGACAUAUUAUUGAAGAAGGAACUAUUCAUCUUUAUAUUUAUUCAAUUUCAAACAUUCCAAAAGGAGCAGAAAUUACUAUUGCUUUUGAUUUUGAAUAUGCAAAUUGCAAAUACAAAGUGGAUUGCGCUUGCCUCAAAGAUAAUCCAGAAUGCCCAGUACUACGAUGUAGUUCUGAACCAACAGAAAAUAUGAACAGUGGUUAUGAUACUAGAAGAAAAAAAGGAAGGAAAGAAAAAGAUAUUUCUAAAGAUAAGGAGUCUCAAAAUCAGAACCUCCUAGUAGACCCUGAUGGAGCAAUCGACAAACUGAAAACACCAGAUAAUAAACAACGGAAGCUGUCCCCUCUUAGGUUGUCCAUUUCUAAUAACCAGGAGCCAGAUUUUAUUGAUGAUAUAGAAGAAAAAACUCCUAUUAGCAAUGAAGUAGAAAUGGAAUCUGACGAGCAGAUUGCAGAAAGAAAAAGGAAGAUGACAAGAGAAGAAAGGAAAAUGGAGGCUAUUCUUCAAGCCUUUGCCAGGCUAGAGAAGCGAGAGAAAAGGAGAGAGCAGGCUUUAGAAAGAAUUAGCACAUCUAAAACUGAUGUCAAGCCAGAAAUCAAGGAUCUUCAGGUCCUUAGUGAAUGUGAGCUCGCUCAGGAACCAGUGAAAGAGGAACCAGUCAGCAAGCCUACUCCUGCCAAAAUUAAUCGUACCAAGCAAAGAAAAAGCUUUACUAGAAGCAGAACUCACAUUGGGCAACAGCGUCGACGUCACAGAACUAUAAGCACCUGCUCUGACAUCCAGCCGUCCUCCCCAGAUGUUGAGGCCACCCCACAGCAAAUGGAAACGGAGACGAAUGCGCUUGUAGAAGAGGCUGUCAGUGAGAACACUGCUGCUGAAGCUGCCCCUGGAGUUGCUGAUACUGAUGAGGUUACAGAUACUGAAUCAUUUGCACAAAACAAAUGUUCGGCAAAAUACCCAAAAACUAAAAAGUCUUGCGUAAGCACUUGUGUGGCACUUCAAAAAUGGAAGGACACUCUUUUUACACACUUGGUUAAUGAAUGGUUAAACGAAAAACAUGAGAAGCCUAGUAAACAUGGAGAGACCUAUUUGGAAAGACCUCUGCGGAUAACAACAGAUCCUGAAGUCCUCGCAACACAGUUGAAUUCUCUGCCGGGUCUCAUCUACAGUCCACAUAUGUAUACCACUCCAAAGCAUUAUAUACGAUUUACCUCGCCAUUCCUUUCAGAGAAGAAAAAGAAGAAAGAUGAGGAAAAUGUCUCCAGCUGUUGCAAAAAGCGAUGGCUAAAACAAGCUUUGGAAGAGGAGCAUUCUGCACCAGUGAAUCCUUUUGAUUCUCCUGCACAAGAUCGAUCUCAAAGCCCCAUUACAUUUGCAGAAAAUAAGUGCCAUUUAGUCAUGAACGGCAGCUGUCCAUUGGCAGAUUUAACAACACCAUUGAAAAAACGGAGAUUGUAUCAGUUAUUGGACUAUACUUAUUCAGAGAACUCUACACCUACUGCAUCACCCUAUGCUACACCAACACAUGCAGAUAUGCCAACCAUAGAUGGUUCGCUAUUUACUACGCCACCCAGGAUAAAGCUAGAGGAUGAAACUUGUCGCAGUAAUUAUAAGCAGACCUAUUCACCUGUUACUCCGAUAACUCCUUGUAUUCGUGGAAAUCACUUGCACUUUGAGAGCAUUUCGUCACCAGAGAGUUCCCCAGAGCUUAGCAGAAGAUCUUUUGACCAGGAAGCUACUGACCGAGCAGCAGCGUCUCUGGUGAUUAAUUCAUUCAAGAAUUGUAACCUGACAGAAAUGGUAGUACAAGAAAUAAAACCUAUUGGCUAUUCAAGCCCACGGAGCAGGACCGAUUUAAACAGACCAUGCACGUCAGAAAGUGAGUCUGUGCCAGACCUUCAUUUGGGACUUGAAUUGAAGGCGCAUACUGCACUGCAAAAGAAUAUGGAGCCCUUGUCCCUAGAAAGGACUGAUUCAAACAGCCAGCAGGAAACUGCUCACUGUGGACAGGGUACUGUGUAUUCAUCAUGGAUCAAAAGCCCAGAAAGGACAGGUGUGAACUUCUCUGCAGUUCAUUCUAAUUUGAGAGACCUGACCCCUUCACACCAGUUAGAAGUUGGUGGUGGAUUCAGAAUGAAUGACUCAAAGUGCCUCAUUCAAGAGGAUGCCCGUAGCAUGUUCAUGGAUGGUUCCAUUUUUUGUUCCACAGAUGAAGGACUUGUUACUGGAUUUGGAAGAGCACUUUGUAGUGAUGGUGUUUUGGAUGGAAAUGGAAUACAACUAAAUCCUCCACAAAAGAAAAAGGUAUCAUUGCUGGAAUACCGAAAAAGACAGCGUGAAGCCAGAAAGAGUGGCUCUAAGCCUGAAAGUUUAUCUCUGGUCACACUCUCCCCACAUCAUGACCAUGGAAAUCUAGUUGGGAACUGUGCCACUGAAAUCUUUAGUAGCAAUGUGGAGAAUAUGGAACCCAAUGAGUUUGUGGUUACUCAGACUGUACCGCAGCCAGCUGAAGUCCAAAAUGUUUCAUCGGAGGAGACAGACCAAAAUUCUCCAGUUAUGGAUGCCUCCGCAAAUGAGAAAAAUGAUCCAGAGGUUCAAUGGACUUCUUCAACGUCUGUGGAACAAGUCAGAGAGAGGAGCUAUCAUAGAGCCUUGCUACUAAGCGACCACAGGAAGGAUAAAGAUGGAGAUGGAGAUCCAGAAAAUGGAGAAUGUGUUACUGUAAAAGAAAUCCAAUCUCCUGAUCCAUGCCACAAGAAUUGUAGGAGUCCCUCCAAACAACAAACUGUGGCCUGUUCUUCAGGACCUAGAACUUCCUUAACAACAGAUCCUGCCCAAGAAUCCAUCGUAAAUACGUCUGUGACUGAAGCUUCAAGCCCCUGUAAAUCUGAGCUGCAACAGAAACAGCUGUCACUUUCGAAAACUCAUAUUGCUCAACCUCAUUCACAGAAGCUGCCUUCUACGCCUUUAAAAUUGCAUUGCCCUUCAUCCCCUCAUUUGGAACAACCUCCUAAGCCUUCUACCCCACACACACCCAUUCAGCAUGGCUAUCUUUCACCAAAGCCCCAUUCACAACAGCUAGGCUCUCCAUAUAGACCUCAUCACCCUUCACCACACCAGGUGGGGACACCGCAAAGAGAAAACCAUGUAAACUUUUAUCCUGUUUCUCAAAACCUUCAAACAUCUAAUCCACAGCCAGGAGGUGGACAGCUGUUUUCCCAGGCACAGACAGGACAAUGUUCAACAGUUUAUAGUUCAUUUAAUCAACAGAAUGUAAACGGUUCUGCUCCACCUCCCCCGCCUCCUCCGCCAACAGCAAACUUUUAUCAAAACCAGCAACCAUCUGCAUCUUUUCAGAACUAUAGUCAAAUCAAAGGAAGUAUUCCCCAGCAAACGGUGUUUACAUCAUGUCCAAAUCAGGGCCAUCCAACAGCCACCGGGCAACCAGCAAUUCAAGGACAUCACGUCAAUACGGGACAUUAUUUGCCUUCUCAGAAUGCUGCUGUCCACCUCCAGGGUACACCCUCAGGUGUUCCGCCGCCGCCACCACCACCCCCUCCUGGAUGCCAUCAGUCACAUGUGGCAGGUCCAGUUCAUGCAGUCCCAGUUGCUAGUGGCACACUUAUUCAUUCGCAGACAACGGCACACCAUUUACCACCUCCACCCCCUCCGCCACCUGGGCCAGGUCCGCAUCACUCGCACAUGCAACAUGUUACAGUAGGACAUCAAGGCCUGCAGGUGCAACACCAGCAUGUUAUAAAUACAGCUCCUCCACCCCCUCCUCCUCCCCCACCACCCCCACCUACUAAUGUUUUAGGUAGUACUGGACAUCACUCAGCAUCAGCACAAGGAUUGCACUUGCAGACUCACCAAGGACCUGCAAUUUUUCCUGCAGGGGCUCAUUCAGGCGUAGCAUCAUAUUCAACCCAAGCUCCUGUUCAUAACACAGUUGGACCUGUAUCACAACAGUCUGCACCAGGACCACACCACCCGCUUCCUAACCAGGGGCCCCAUAUUCAACCGCAAGGACCAAACAGUAUUGCAUCACCUGCAGGAUUCUGUCCCCAUCCUGGGUCUGUAAAUCUCCCCCAUGGGGUGCAAGGACCACAGCAGGCUUCAGCAGUGCCUGGGCAGAUAAAUAUUCACAGACCGCAGGUGCCACCAACUUUUCAAAACAAUUACCAUGGUUCAGGCUGGCAUUAGGUUUGGUUUUGCUGUGCAUAAACAUUUUUAAAACAUGUAAAAUAAACUGUAUAUUUUAUAUGUACCUUAUAAAGGUACUUUUUAAAACCUGUAUAUGAAAAUUUGUAAAAAUUCAAUUACUGGUGCGCUUUCAGUUUAUUUUAUGUGUACUGAGCUUUUAAAACAGUAUUGAGUCUUUUAGUUUAAUAAACAUUCCAGUUCUGUUUCAAUGCAGCAUAGUUAAAACUGCAUAACAUGUAAGUCACUCGUCUGAGUUCAAUAUGUUUUAUACAUGUGAUUUCACACAGGUAAGAGAAUUCUAACACAUUUUAUUUUUGUGCGAUGUGCACCUAUAGAUAACACAAAGCCAGUUUUAAUGUUACAUUGCUCCUUUUUGCUUAUUUACACAAUUGUAAUUUAAUGUAUAGUUCUGUUUAACAACCUCUUAGAAGUUUUGUAAAUACUGUAUUUGCUUGUUUAUUGCUUAAAGCUUCCACCUCAUUUGAUAAAACAUGUACAUAUUUUUUUUUUUUUAAUUGUAUGAUUCUUGUUGAAGUAGUACAGUAUAAGACAGUUUAUUUUUUUGUAAUAUACUGUCAUUGCAGCACUGGUUGGGCAUUUUAAUUCAUGUUAAAUAAACCACAAUUAUGUCUGUUUUAUCAGGUUAGUCCUUUCAUACAUUUUACAAAAAUUAAAGUUAAUGCGUAAUUACAGCACUUAAACUGUACAUUAAAAUGCGUUGUCAGCACUUUUUCCUGACUAUUCCAAAA